CUUUUUGCGGAUGGAAAUGGAAAGACGCUGAAGCAAAGAUAUUGUUCUUAGCCGACCCACAAAUCGAAGGUGAUGCGAAAAUACUCAGACAAGGAAAAAGAGGUGAAAUUGACUUAUUGGCCAAUGACAUUUAUCUUCGACAUGUAUAUACAUCUUUCGUAUCACCUUAUUCCUUAUUUACUUAUAAACCCACACAUACCAUUGUCCUUGGUGAUUUGUUCUCUAGUCAAUGGAUUAGAGACAGUGAAUUUAAUAAACGUGUAGAAAGAUAUAAAUGGAUAUUUGGUGAUCCAAACGAAGAAUACAAUCAUAAAUUCAUUAAUUUAACAGGAAAUCAUGAUAUAGGAUAUAAUUGGGAUAUUAAUCAAUAUAGAGUGAAUAGAUGGAAAAGAAAAUUUGGACAUAUGAAUUUCAAGGAUUGGAUUCCUUCUUCAUUUGAGAAAAAAAAGCAUAGAAUGUCUGUAAUAAAUUCCAUGAAUGUAGAUGGACCUGCAUUGGAUGAAAACUUACGUUCUGAAACAUGGUCUUUAUUAAAUGAUUUAACAAAUGAAAGAGAACAAGAUAAUCAUCAAAACCCUUUAAUUUUCCUUACACAUAUACCUUUAUAUAAAAAAGAAGGAAUCUGUGUAGAUGGACCAAUGAUAAAAUAUGAUCAAACCGGAAAAUUUAUAAAAGAACAAAAUCAUCUUACACUAAACUCAUCAGAAUUUAUACUAACUAAAUUAAGACCUAAAUUUAUUUUUGCGGGACAUGAUCAUGAAGGAUGUGAUGUAACUCAUAUAGUAAGAAUCAAUAAAAAUGAAGAAUAUUCAAUAAAUCAUUAUAGGACUCGAGAUUUUGAAAAAGAAAAGUAUCAAAUAAUUUCAAAGGAUGAUUAUAAUGAGGAUGGUAAAUUAAAAGAGAAUGUUUGGAUCGUAAGAGAGGUUACUGUAAGGUCCAUGAUGGGUGCAUAUGGCGGUAAUGCUGGAUUAUUUGAAAUCAAUCGAUUAACAAGUGAAGAUGGAACUGAAGAAUUUGAAUAUAAUUAUUCUUCAUGUCCUUUUGUAAUAAAUCAUGUACCAUGGAUUGUAGUUAUAACUGAUAUAGUAGUUAUAUUCGGAUGGACUAUCCGAUGUAUCUUGUCGAGUCUUACAGCACUUCCAAAUCGCCUUAAAAAUCUUUUAUUAUUCCAAGAAAAACAGAAAAAGAAAAUGGUCAGAAGGAAUAGUUAUAGAUAUAAAAGUAAUAAUAUCUUAAUUAAAAAUUAG